AUGAAAACUCAGCUCAUCACUUUCUUAUUCUGCUUCACUUCGAUAAAUGCUUUUCAAUGUCCAAAUGGAUGGGAUCAACCAGCCGGGGAGAAUGUUUGCAUGUUUCCAAUCACUCAACCUCAAUACUAUUCCGAUGUUGUUCACCAAUGUGAUUUACUGACCGCGACGCCUGUGAAAAUUCGAAAUAUCUAUGAGAAUGCCUAUGUUAUGCAAUUCGCUCAAGCGAACGUCAUUUAUCCGUACAUUGGAGUCGAGCGGAAAUCGGAUAGCACAUGGGCUUACGCGGAUGGAUCACCGUUGACAUAUCCGAAUUGGGAUAAGGGUGAACCAUCAAGCAACCUGAGCACCCACUGUGCCAUUCUUCGACCGGACACUGGUAAAUGGCUUGCCGACGAUUGCUCUCACACUCGACCAUCUAUUUGUUCAUUUGAUGGGGGAAAUGCCACAUCACCUCCAACUACUCCAUAUUUGACUUCACCCUCCCCAUCGCAAUCUGGAUGGAUCGAAGAUGAGGCUAUUUAUUGGCAGAUGAUCAACGAUGCAUCAUGCCAAAGUCAUGGUUGGGGCACCGAUUACAGUUAUGAUUACACUGGCCGUUAUGUCUGCAAGACGCCAGUAAAGAAAAAC